GUGCGAUCCACACUGACAGUUCCAUAAACGAAAAGCAGAAGAAAAGAGACUGCAUCUAUACUACGAAAACACAACCAAAACAUCAGACCCCCGGGACUAAAGCUUUUAUUGUAUUGAAACAACGGAUCUUGAUUAGUUGUUAUUUUGAACGCUAAUUAGCUUUUUAAACCGUAGUUUUUGUGUUUUAAGUUGUAAAAAUUUGUGCUCAUUGUGCGUGUAUAUUGUGGAAUAGCGAAGAACGAUAAUUUACCACUGUUUCAACGUCGUCAAAACUUUUGGUUUGCUGCUGUGUUGAAAGCGGGUACGUGUGCAAUAUGGCAAAAAAACAAUGCGGCGAGUGCAAACAGGAGAUAAACGAUCUCGAGCCAAUUUGUUGUGGCUUCUGUGAGGCUUCUUUCCACAUCAACCAGCAGUGCUGUGGUUUUAAUUCUCGCUCCAUCAAAGAAGCAUUCGCAUCAGGGAAGGCAAUGUUUAUUUGUCCUCCUUGUCGAACUGAAUUGAACGGCCGUUCCAUUCGCGCAUAUCUGGCGGACAACCCCAGGAGCCAACCCGAUGAAAUGCCACAGCUUGCUGAAAUACCGAAACAGGUGCAGGAGCUGUUCACAGUGGUUGAAAAAUUGAGCCAGAAAAUCGAUAAUUUUGCUGGUCAAUCAAUUAAACCGUUCAAAUCAAUUCCUGUUUCCUCGCCGUCGGCAUGGCCGAGGCUUGGUAUUAAACGCCGCCGAGAUGACCGUAGGCUGGAUGAAUGCACUGCUGCUGUAAGCGGAACGAAAAGUAUUGAUCUUAGCGAAUUUCAACUUCCCGUGCCGUCUAUUAUGCAAGCCGCCAAACCGGAUAAGUUUUGGCUGUACAUGACAGGAUUGAAUCCACUAAUUAAUGAUAGCGACGUGCAGAAAAUAGUCUCACGUUGUUUGAAUAUUUCGGAUGCUGCUGAGGUGAUUCGUCUUGUUCCCAGAGGCAAAGAUGUGACCACCUUGACUUUCGUAUCCUACAAAAUCGGAUUGGAUCCUGAUCUCAAAGAAUUGGCGCUCGAACCAUCGUCUUGGCCCACCGGAAUCCGGCUAAGAGAGUUUGUUGAUUUCUCAAAAAACUAAUCUUGGAUUUUGAAAAAAACAUACAAUCUACUGUUGCUGAUCCGGGACAACCUUCGACAAGUAUUGAGGAUUCCUCCUACCCCCCCGACCCAUUCGAGCUCUGCAGCAUCGUCCAUCAUCGUCCCGGUCGUGUGGUCGGAGGUGGCGUAGGGGGUUUCCGCACUCCAACCUCAGGCGAGUAUCCUCCUAAUUAUAUAGUUUCGAUACCUGAUGCUUUUCCGGCUUCCAGCUACACCAUACCAUUCGACUGUAUUGUCAGUGCUCCUGCAUCGGAAACAAGCAUUCUAUCAUCAUUUACUGCAACUUUGGAUCCGGGACACCCUGUAAUAAGUACUAAGGAAGUCCCUGAGCCUCCCGACCCAGUCGUGCCUUCCAAUGCCACCCGCCAUCGUCGUCGUCCCGGUCCUGUGGUCGGUGAUGGUAUACGGGACUUCCGAUCUGCUUCACCAGGCGAGUAUAAUCACGUUAAUGAUCUGUCGCUGCCUGAAAAUUCACCGCUUUUCAGUUCGGUUUCAACUUCCGGCAUGGACACCGCUCCCACUAGGAGUCUACGAGUGUAUUACCAAAAUACUAGAGGACUUUCUACCAAAUUGGACGACGUUUAUCUGGCUGUGCUUGAUGGCGAGUAUGAUGUUUAUGUGUUCACCGAAACCUGGCUUGAUGGGAGAAUCAACUCACUCCAACUUUUCGGUGACAACUUCGUCGUUUAUAGAGUGGAUCGCAGUAUAUCUAAUAGCUCUCGCGUGCGUGGUGGCGGUGUUCUACCCAGUAAACCACAUAUCGUAUAACCAACAGCAAAUAAAGUCGCAUUUGAGUCCAUUAAAAAUCUAAAUCGCACUGCAUAUCAAACUUUAUCAGAUUAUUGUCGAAAAAUGUUGUAUUGAAUGUAUCAUAUACGAUAAUUUUUACCAUAGUGAAAAUCAAUCGUAAUUGUGUGAAUAAAAACUCACAAUGACUUAUAUUCCUUGCAAUAUCCUAUAUCAGUGCGAAUGAAUGUCU